AUGGACGACAAGAUCGCCUUGCUGGAAAAAAAUAACACAUGGCAGGUGAUUAAACGCGAGAAGCACAUGCACGUGAUCCGCAACAAGUGGGUUUUCAAAAAGAAGAUGAACGGCAGCGGGUCCAUCGAACGCUACAAGGCAAGCCUUGUAGCAGGAGGCGACGAUCAAGUGCUUGGACGAGACUACAACCCAACAUUUACAUCUGUCUUGGACAUGACUGGCGGCAAGAUUAUUCUCGCGGUUGUCCGGAUCUGGAACGUGCGCGCGACACUUUGA